AGAAGGCUAAUUAAAGAAAAAAAAAAACUGAUUAUAAACACUGGCGCCAUAGAUGCCGGCGCUUCUGCGAAACUCAUUACCAAGCAUUACUUGCCUGCAUGAACGCAUAGAUGCCAUAGAUCUGCUUGUUUUGCAAACGCGACAGCUGAGCUAGCGCAGGCUAGCGGCACCCUCUACGUGGUUGCCCAGCCAGGUGUUCUGUGGCACAGCUGCCUGAGCAACGCGAAAAUUAUGCUACGUGGUGUUUGAAGAGUAGCGCGAGUGGACUGAACCAAAUAAAUACCGAAACCUUUCGACUUGGAAGCAUGGGUGAAGAGGGGUUGCUGGAGCUGGAGUGCACUGUGCAGAAGUAUCACUGGGGCAAGAGGGGACCGUCCAGCUUAGUGGCGCAACUGGCAUUGGAGGGCCACCACCUGGCAUCCAUCGAGGAAACCACCACAUAUGCUGAGCUGUGGAUGGGAACACACCCCUCAGGUCCAAGCAAGAUUCGAGGCAAGGAUAAGACGCUGGCUUCGUACAUCACAGAGCAUCCAGAAUGCCUUGGCGGCUGUGUUCGGGCUAUCUUUGGUGCACAGUUGCCAUUCCUCUUCAAAGUACUCUCAGUAGGCUCACCCUUGUCCAUACAAGCACAUCCCACCAAGGUGCUGGCCAAGAAGCUGCAUGAGGCACAUCCCAACCUGUACCCGGACUCAAACCACAAGCCUGAGAUUGCCAUUGCCCUGACAGAGUUCGAGGCCUUCUGCAACUUCCGCCCUCUGCAAGAAAUUGCGCAGCUCCUGACAGUACUGCCGGAGCUGCGUGAGGUGCUUGGGUCACUGGGAGAGCAACCAUUGGCAUCAAAGGCCGAGCUGCACGCCUGGUUCAAAGCUGUCAUCACUGCGAAGGCCGAACUCUUUCUUCCUCAACUGGAGAAACUGGCUGAUAGGUUCAAGAAAAACGUGGAGACAGCGGGAGUCCCCCAUGAGCUUGUCACUGUGUUCCUGCGGGUACACACCAGUUACCCAGAUGAUAUUGGCUGCUUCGUCAUCUUCUUCCUCAACUACGUGAAGCUACGGCCUGGAGAGGCCAUCUUUUUAGCUGCAAAUGAGCCGCAUGCCUAUAUCUUGGGUGAUUGCGUGGAGUGCAUGGCAUGCUCAGACAACGUAGUGCGAGCAGGACUGACACCCAAGCACAAGGAUGUGGAGACCCUGUGUUCCAUGCUGAGCUACAACUCGGUGCCCCUCAGUCAAGUGCGCUUUCCUGCUGUAUCCACGAACCUUGAAACCUGCUGCUUCUCGCCUCCAAUCAGUGAUUUUGCUGUCAGCAUGAUCAAGAUUAUGCCCAACACCACGUUCCUUCUAAAGGGCAUUGGCUCUGCAAGCAUCCUGUUGGUGACUCAUGGCGAGGGCAAGAUAGGAAGUGUGAAGCUGAAAAAGGGCAGCAUCCUCUUCCUGGCGGCAGAAAAGGCCCGCACCAUUGUCUCUGCCAGUAGUAUGUGCAUGUACCAGGCAUUCUGCCCUGUCUGAACUAUGGGGGUGCAUCGUGCCAUAAUGGGCUUCCUUGAGGCCCCACCAGUUGGGAGCCACUUUCUUUGGCCUUGACAGAAGUCUUCUUCUAAGAAACUCACUCAGAAGGACUGAAAUGCAUGGGCAACAAUGUGUGAACAUGUGUCUUGUCCUGCCCGAGGCCAGAGCUGUAUUGUGUCAGCUACACUACUGCUGCUAUGUUGCGGCCAACUUGCCGCAUUUUUCAUAUUAAUGGCUGUCCCACUCUGGCAAAGUGCUGCAUCAUAUGUGGGCUUAAAUUUGUGGCAUACUGAAGAUCCUCCUUAAGUUCCUCGUUCAUACCAAUGCCAAUUAAGUUCUAUGCUUAUAGUGAAAAAAAUGCUGCAAGACUUCAUUCAAAAACUUACUAUUUAUUUUUAUAUGGGAAACGCUCCGCUGCAUACAGUAACUUAUUUACUACAACAGUCCAUCACUCCUGUAACUGUUUAUCUAAAUAUUAGCUCUUGUACUCCUUAUAGUUAUUGGCUCUUGCAUCAAUGUUAUACAAACAACUUUGCUACUAUAACGAAGUCAUACUUACAACAGGAAUUUGUUCAUUAUAUUUAGUAUUCGUCAUGAGUGUACAAACAAAAGUUAACACAAGAGAAAAAUUCCAAAGUUGGGCUGCACAGUUUCACUACAAUAGUAUCUCAAUAUAAGCAUGAGUACUGCAUAUACAAUAGAACCUCAUUGAUACAAUCCCAUUUUGUACGACAGUUAAACCUCAAUAUUACGAAGUCAGUAAAAUUGGCAAUUCACUUCAUUGUAUGGAAAUUCGAUCUUUUAUACAAAUAAGUACAGCCGCCGAUCAAUUUUUCUUACAAAUAAAAAGGGGCCAUAGAUUUUUCCGAAUUAUUAGGCAAUAAAAAAAAGAAAAGCUAACUUGAAUGAGAAAACAACUCAUUUUGAUCAAUUUGGGAGUCGGCGACAAAUGAUGUAUGUAAAAUACUGAAAGAUAUAUAUAGCGGCUCCACAGCCACCGUAGUCCUCCAUAAAGCAAGCAACAAAAUCCCAAUAAAAAAAGGCGUCAGGCAGGGAGAUACGAUCUCUCCCAUGCUAUUCACCGCGUGUUUACAGGAGGUAUUCAGAGACCUGGAUUGGGAAGAAUUGGGGAUAAAAGUUAAUGGAGAAUACCUUAGUAACUUGCGAUUCGCUGAUGAUAUUGCCUUGCUUAGUAACUCAGGGGACCAAUUGCAAUGCAUGCUCACUGACCUGGAGAGGGAAAGCAGAAGAGUGGGUCUAAAAAUUAAUCUGCAGAAAACUAAACUAAUGUUUAACAGUCUCGGAAGAGAACAGCAAUUUACAAUAGGCAGUGAGGCACUGGAAGUAGUAAGGGAAUACAUCUACUUAGGGCAGGUAGUGACGGCAGAUCCGGAUCAUGAGAUGGAAAUAAUCAGAAGAAUAAGAAUGGGCUGGGGUGCGUUUGGCAGGCAUUCUCAGAUCAUGAACAGCAGGUUGCCAUUAUCCCUCAAGAGAAAAGUAUAUAAUAGCUGUGUCUUACCAGUACUCACCUACGGGGCAGAAACCUGGAGGCUUACGAAAAGGGUUCUACUCAAAUUGAGGACGACGCAACGAGCUAUGGAAAGAAGAAUGAUAGGUGUAACAUUAAGGGAUAAGAAAAGAGCAGAUUGGGUGAGGGAACAAACGCGAAUUAAUGACAUCUUAGUUGAAAUCAAGAAAAAGAAAUGGGCGUGGGCAGGUCAUGUAAUGAGGAGGGAAGAUAACCGAUGGUCAUUAAGGGUUACGGACUGGAUCCCAAGGGAAGGGAAGUGUAGCAGGGGGCGGCAGAAAGUUAGGUGGGCGGAUGAAAUUAAGAAGUUUGCAGGGACGGCAUGGCCACAAUUAGUACAUGACCGGGGUUGUUGGAGAAGUAUGGGAGAGGCCUUUGCCCUGCAGUGGGCGUAACCAGGCUGAUGAUGAUGAUGACAAAUGAUACAGUUUCAUGCCACGUCAACAAUAUCUUUACAUAGGCGGCGUGAAUUAAGGGAAGCUAGCUGCGCUUUCGCGUGCACUCCACCCCCGCGGCUGAUAGAGUUGCCCGCACUGAGACGACGCUAUCAUGAAAAGCGCCAGCAGCGGGGAGUGAAUGCUUGGUCUGCCUCUUGCUCCAGUGGGUCACCGAAACUCGAGAUUAUGUAAUCUCCAAUACUAAACAUGCGGGAAGACAGCUUACAUGACCCCACGCUGUCAUGACAUGCCCACUCUUUGCACACGCGGUAGAUUACCUCUGAAGCAGGAUGCACGGCUGCAUAUGCGCUCAGCCACACUUACAGCCAUGCGCAGCCACGGCCGAGAUGUGCGCCAGAAAUUGAUACGUGCACAAAAUUGCUGCCCCCCCCCCCCCUUCACUUGCACUUGAUCACGUUACCGCGAGUGCACUCCCCUCCUCCUCUUUCUCUCUGCUCACAUGGGAAGGUGGCACUCAUGAAGCCACCAUCUUUCUUGUUUCACCCUUGCACCCUUGCACACUUUCACACACACGGUAGGAUCCUUUCGCGCUUGGACUUUAUAUGGAACAUGAUACGACUCCACUUCCGCCAUCGCUCUAGCUUUGGGGCGUGUCAUUUGAAAGGUGCGUUUGCAAAAGCAGCUGCUUGUAAUUCAAUCAUGUGGCCAUCUGUGUCUGCAGAAGUUUCAGUUUGUUGUCUCGGCAUUCCUUUGCGGCAGCAGUGAAAUUUCAUUGUAUUGAAAUCGCAUACACAAACACACUUCGUUAUAUUGAGGUACUAAAUAUGUGGUGUUUUAUGAAUAAGAGGUUAUGAAAAGUAAACUACUUGGUUAUAUCAAGAAUCUUGUUAUAUUGAAGUUCGUAGUACCGAAGUUUAACUAUAUUACUCACUGCCACCAUUAUCGUUAGAGAACACACACAUACAAACAAAAAGAUCCAAUAUAGUCUCAAUUCUUUUUUAAAGGGACUCUGAAAUGAUUUCAACGAUCUUGUACAAAUGUACCGAAUUGUUAGAUCGCAUGCUCGCUCCUAGAGAGCCGGUAGUAGAUGACACGACGUGCCGUCAUGACGCAGAGCCAGUGAAGGCGGAGCUUAGCCCUGAUCACUUGGCAAAUGAGUUGAGGAGAAAAUGCAUGGCUAUGGAGGAGGGUAACUUUUAAUCGACCAUAGCUCUCUUAAUAUGAGAUACUUGACACAAAUUGUGGUGCGAAUGAUUAACUUUAGCUGUAUCCUACGCAUCUACAAAAUUUGUCCGCACCAUUUCAGGGGCCCUUAACAGUUAAUAUGUUCCUACAAAUCUUUCAGCUCCAACGUUCAAUACAUCGCCAAACUGCGACUGAUGAUUUGUUUUCCAGCUGCUAGAUCCUGUGUAAACAUGAAAAGGUGCUAGGCGUGCGCAGUUCAGAACAGUAGGCACUUACCAAGGCAGCUUCCCCGCAGUACUUGCCCGCCCAUUUCACAUGAAAAUGCCAGUACACCCUCAGUUUUCUCGUCCGAUACCAGAAAAUCUCCUCGGGAAUUGUUGCAUGUCACAUUCAUAGCUAUAGCUGCCAAUCCUGUUGUGAUAAGCAUCUUCACCUAUCUGUUUCGCAGCAUGUGUUGCAUAGUGCCGUUUGAAGUAAGUGUACUACAUGCUUUUAAUAGGCAAACGCACCGCCGUUCCCUGCUGCAGGUGUUGCAAAAUGAGCAUCAUAUUUUGCUCUGGCAGCAUUGUAUUCUGGCAUCGUCCACCAACUUGAUUUUGUUUUGAUUUCCCAUCGCAGUUUUAGAACACUAUGCAACAGGAAAACAACAACAUGCAUCUCACUAUACUUAAGCCUCACCAGCUCGAGGCAUGUGGGCAUCUCAUACCGCAACGAUUCUCGCCUGUGUGGGUGCAUCAAAACUUGCUACCAAAAUUUCCCGCUUGAAGAAGCUGCUGCCCCAGGUCGGACUCGAGAGGCACCAACACCAUAAGGUUGCUGAAGCAGCAAAAGUGACAAUGUGCGUCUCUGGCCACUUAGUCCUUUUACCAGCUCUGUGCCUGCUGGCGUCAUAUGCUGCAGCAAUUUGGCAUUAUGUAGAUGUCAUAUAUAGUUGAGACAACCAAACUUUUUUGUGACUACGGAUCAUACGUCUUCCUGAUUGGUACCUUUCCUCUCACAUUUUUUUCCAAAACCGUAUGAAUGAGGUUCUACUGCUUAUUCUUCUGCUGAAAUUGGAAUAAAAAAAAACACAGCACCAAAAAUCUGCUUCGAGAGCAGAACAGCUAAUACUGAAUGCAAUACUAUCAGCGGAAUGGUUGUUACUAUUUACACAGACUGCGUCUACUUUUGUCUAUCUGUUUCAUAGGGGCUGCACUUUGUACCACAAGGGGCCCCUGGAAACCAUUUCGAUCACCGGCGUUUCACAAACCGAGCCAAAGUUUCCUGUAUGAUAAAACGGAAAAUGAUUGGCGCUAUGUUAAGAGACAGGAAGAGGGUGGUAUGGAUUGGAGAGCAAACAGUGUAGCCGAUAGUGUAUAAUUGUGAUUAAGAUGAAUGAGUGGAGUUAGCUGGGUCGCGUAAUGCACAGAGAAAAUAAUCGGUGGUCUAUCAGAGCAACAGAAUGGGAGUGCCGAGGGAAGGAAAAUGCAGUUGAGGACAGCAGAGGAACCAGGAAUUUUGCAGACAUGGAUGGAGUCAGAUUACAAAAGAGAAGGAUGGAGUCAGAUUACAAAAGAGAAGGGUAAUUGGAGAGGCAGAGCUGUUUAGCACCCUUUAAGGCAAAGCAGCUGGUGGGAAGUCAGAAUUUGUGCAACUUUUAAGUGUAAACAAUGUCAUUACAUAGUAUACUUUGGUGGCACCUCCAGGAGCCCAAAGGGGCAAUGGUGAUACCAGAGCUGUAAUCUAGACUAGUUCAUGGGUUCCAAGCUCGUCGAGGCCUCCGUGUGCCGGGGGCAUGUAUGUGGAUGCCCUCCAUCAUGCCUGGCCUUGGCAGCUCCAACCUACAGACUGGCCUAGUUCCAUCCCCCCUCCCCCUCCACCAUGAGACCCUGUGCCACCGUCCACGUUAUUUAAUCUUAGAUACUCUCCUGCAACCUCUAUUUGUUGGUAUUGUUUUUAUCUUUGCGUGCUAAAUGGUCUGGUAAGACCAAAUAACACAGUAAGUGUAAAUUUCUUCCGUAUACUAAAUAAUGACCCAUUCUUUACACUUAGUACUUGUGCAAAUUCUCACUUACCACUGGCCGCUCUGCCAUUAAAAGACGUUGACAACUCCGCCAUUGGAGAUUGCUGGCAGAAGCCUUUGACCCGCUGUGUACAUAGGUUGCUCCCGAUCAUGAUGAGGUACGUCUGCUGUUCAUACAUAGAUGAUGCAGGUAAUAAAUUUACAUUUAUAAAUUAAUUUUUAAAGUACUUUAACUUCCUGCUAGACUAUAUUGUGAGCUUCAUGGAAUAAAAAAAAAUUUGAUUAUACCACAUAAGACUGUGACGAACUAUUUUUGUUAUAUGGUACCAUUACGCAGCUACCUGUACAUCUUGUGAAUGUCUUUGUUCGUUAGCCAAUGGCAUAGGCUUAUUUUCUUUUUUUUAAUACUGCGUGCAUGAAAUUUGAAGUUAACAUUCAACAACAUCUAGACUAGGGUGUGACAAAUGUAGUGAUAACGCACAUAGAACACAUAUUAUGGUGACGAUUUAGGAAAGAGCUAUAGAAUGGAGUGUUGUCUUGCUAAUUGUUGUUUUGUAAUUUUUAGAAAUGUUAAUACCUACUAUGUACUUGACUAUUUUUCUUGUUCAUCAUUUCGCAUUUGACUUUUGUAAUACAUGCCCUUUGCCAGAAAGCCACUACCAAAGACUCUAUGCAGCAUUCUAAAGGGGAGCUUUUAUUUAGGUAUGCAAUGUUUGUAUUGCAUCAUUACUUAGUACCCUUGCUCCGGUUGCAACAAGGAGCAUAGUCAUGCUAAUAUUCUUACAGAUAAAUGUUUUUCAAGUCACGACUUCUGUGACUAGUGAUAGUAAAGGUGUGCAAGUUUAGCUUCAUUUAAUUGUGCAAGCAAUUUAUGCAGCAUGGACUGUAAAGUAUGUUUCAUUUGACUUAACACAGUGAGACAACACAAUUUCAUUAUUGAAAUAAAGCUGUUAAGUGCUUCAGCAAUGGUGCGUGCCCUGCUGUCUAAUUGUCCUUGCUCCUGUGCAUUUUUUUGCAAUUUGGAAAGUGAAAUAAAAUGAGUUUUUUGAAGCAAA